CCGAAUGCACUGUACAUCACCAUGCUCCCACCCAUCCAGGAUAUCUACUCGAAACAGUGCCUGAGGAAAACCCGCAGCAUCAUCAAGGACCCCACACACCUCAGUCAUGAGCUGUUCACUCCCUUACCGUGUGGCAGACGUACCGGAGCAUGAGAUCUGAUACCAACAGGCUCAGAGACCAUUUCUAUCUACAAGCCAUCAGACUGUUGAACACUUGAACUGGACCUGCUCUGAUUCUUCGCACCUUAGAACACAUGCACUGACUCUCUCUCUCUCUCACACACACACACACACACACACACACACACACACACACACACACACACACACACACACACACACACACACACACACAUUCAUUCUACACACACAUCACAACUGCUUCUACCUUGUUAUGAUUGCCAAAUACUGCACAAUUUAAACACUUGCCCCCGAAUCCCCCCUUCCCCAAAACACGUGUAAAUAUUGGACUCUAAAUUGUACCUUCCUGUAUUAUACUUAUACUAAAAUGUUUAUUCUAUUCUACUGAGCCAUUUACUUUUUGUUCUUAUUGUUGUUGUUGUUGUAUUGUCCAGAAGGAACCUGCAAGUAACAAUUUCUUUGGACUGUGUAUACCAGGUGAAUCCUGUACAUAUGACUAAUGAAACUUGAAACACACAUAGCAUCUGGCAGUGUGUUUGAUGUGAUCAGUGUCUAUCACAGCAGCCUGUCGCUAUGCUAAGAGCAGCCAACAGCAGGAAGCAAAGUGACAUUGCUCACUCGCUUACAAAACCACACCACUCUCCUCUGUGUGUGUUUCUGUAGUGUUACUGUUAGUCUCUCGCUCUCUCUCUAGGCUAGAGAGCAGAACAGGAAGCAGUGGGGUGGGGCUGGGGCUGUGUCUCUCUCUCUUCCUACCUCUUCCUCGCUCACUCGCUUCGGAUUGAGUCUCUUUUGAUUCCUGGCGGGAAGGAAGCACAUCCCGGAUUUGAGGAGGCAGGAAUAGCUCUCUGUACUUUGAGUGGUGGUUCUGGUGUGAGAGUGUGUAACGGGGCAGAGGGGAGAGGUUGGGCAACACAGAGAGAGCCAGGUUGGGCCAUGGCCAGUGAGGGAGCUUUGGCGGACUGCCCAGGGGAGCACACAGCUGCAGACCACCCCACUCACACUGAACAGGACCAGGGGGACACCGAGUCUUCGAGUGACCCAGGUGGGCUGUCACUGCUGGAGCAGCUGGGUCUGGACCAGAGCUCAGACUUCUCUGACUCCAGCAUUCAGCAGCGGCUCGACGAAACGAGGGAACGCAUCCGCCGGGAGAUCAGGAAGGAGCUGAAGAUCAAGGAAGGAGCAGAUAACCUGAGGAGAGCCACCACAGACAAGAAGAAUGCCCAGCAGGUGGACAGCCAGCUUCGCAGCUCCAACCGCAGACUGGACAGCCUGCACUCAAAGUUACAGGAGCUGGACGCAUACAUUGUGGUCAAAGGAGGGGACGACAACAACACAGAUGCCCCCAAGUCUCCCGGGGCGCGCAGCCGCUCGGCCAAUCAGGACCGGAUCACGGCUCUGGAGCGCCAGCUCAACAUCGAGCUCAAGUGCAAACAGGGAGCAGAGAACAUGAUCCCCAUUUAUGCCAAUGGAGUAACCAAGGACAAGAAGAUGCAUCAGACGGCCCAGCAGAUGCUGCAGGACAGCAAGACCAAGAUUGACAUCAUCCGCAUGCAGAUCCGCAAGGCCAUGCAGGCCACUGAGCAGACUGAAGAUAUCCAGGGUAAGCCAGACACGUGUGGGGUGGAGCUGCGUGUGGAGGAGCUGUGGCAUCAUUACCGUGUGGAGCACGCCAUGGCUGAGGGAGCCAAGAACAUGCUGAGGCUGCUGGGAGUAGGGAAGGUCCAGGACAAGAAGGCCAUGUCAGAGGCCCAGUGUGGUCUGAGUGAGUCGUCCCAGCGCUGUGACCUGCUGAGAGGCUCUCUGGAGCAGCGUUUGCUGGAGCUGACGGACGACCACCCCAAGGCCUGCCUCAUCAAGGAAGAGCUGGUGCUGGCCUCCUCCUCAGCCUUCAGCUCCAGACACGGAACCCCCUAUGUACACAACCAGUACAGCACCCUCUGCAAGCCCUCCCCACUCACUGGUACUCUGCAGGUGCGUUUGCUGGGCUGUGUAGGGGUGUUGGAGGUGGUCCCGGGACGCAGUAGAGGAACCCCGGUGGUCUUGCCUUGCUACAUCCCAGGGGACGGACGCUCCUUCAAACUCAGUGGUCUCUACAGCCGCAGCACCAGCAGCAUGAGCCUCAGGAUCCCCGGCAAGACCGACGAACUCUCCUCGGAGGUGAGUGCGGUGUUGAAGCUGGAGAACACAGUGGUGGGACAGACGUGCUGGAAGACAGUGGGAGAGCAGGCCUGGGACCAGACCUUCACUGUAGAACUGGAAAGAUCCAGGGAGAUGGAGAUAGCAGUGUACUGGAGGGACUAUCGCUCCCUGUGUGCUCUCAAGUACCUGAAGCUGGAGGACUUCCUGGACAACCAGAGACACAAAGUUCAGCUGGAGCUGGAGCCUCAGGGCCUGCUGCUGGCAGAGGUAAUGUUCUUCAACCCAGUCAUAGAGAGAGGCCCAAGACUGCAGAGACAAAAGAAGGUUUUCUCCAAACAGCAUGGUAAAGCGUUCCUGCGUGCUCGUCAGAUGAAUGUUGACAUCGCCACCUGGGUCCGCCUACUGAGGAACGCCAUCCCUACUGGAAACAACGUUCCCAGCUACACCCCACACACACACGCACGCUCACAUUCUGGGUACACCACACACACACACGCACGCUCACAUUCUGGGGAGAUCUCAGUGGAGAAGCUGACUCUGGAGAGCGACUCUCCUCCGAGACCUGAGAUCAGGAGAGACGUUGUUGACACACCCCACCUGGAACAGCCUGUGAUCGAGCCCUUGUCCCCUCCGGACCUCGCCCAAGGGCGGCCAACCAGAACCCUAUCCAUGAGUUCCCUGCGCAGACAGAGCAAAGGCCCUCUGUGUCUGCAGGACUUCAAGCUGAUCGCUGUGCUGGGCAGGGGACACUUUGGCAAAGUGUUGUUGUCAGAGUACAAGAGGACAGGCAGUGUGUACGCUAUCAAAGCCCUGAAGAAGGGAGACAUUGUGGCGCGGGAUGAAGUGGACAGUCUGAUGUGUGAGAAGCGUAUUUUUGAGACGGUGAACAGCUCUCACCAUCCCUUCCUGGUCAACCUGUUUGCAUGUUUCCAGACCCCAGAACACGUGUGCUUCGUCAUGGAGUACACGGCUGGGGGUGACCUCAUGAUGCACAUCCACGCAGACGUCUUUACAGAGCCCCGAGCCGUGUUCUACGGAGCCUGUGUGGUUUUGGGCCUGCAGUUUCUUCAUGACCAUAAGAUUGUGUACCGGGACCUUAAACUGGAUAACUUGUUGCUGGAUACACAGGGCUAUGUGAAGAUCGCAGACUUCGGGCUCUGCAAAGAGGGUAUGGGCUAUGGGGACAGGACCAGUACGUUCUGUGGUACUCCUGAGUUCCUGGCUCCAGAGGUUCUGACAGACACCUCCUACACCAGGGCAGUGGACUGGUGGGGUCUGGGAGUACUGGUGUAUGAGAUGCUGGUGGGAGAGUCUCCAUUCCCAGGUGAUGAUGAAGAGGAGGUGUUUGACAGCAUAGUGAAUGACGAGGUGCGCUACCCCCGCUUCCUCUCCACAGAGGCCAUCGGCAUCAUGAGACGGUUGUUGAGGAGGAACCCGGAGCGGCGCCUAGGCUCUGGUGAGAAAGAUGCUGAUGACGUCAAGAAACAGCCUUUCUUUAGGGGUGUGGGCUGGGAAGCGCUGCUGCAGAGGCGGCUCCCACCCCCGUUCGUCCCCAACAUCACGGGGAGGGAGGACGUCAGCAACUUUGACGAGGAGUUCACCGCCGAGACCCCCGCCCUCACGCCGCCCCGCGAACGCCGCACCCUCUCCCGCAAGGACCAGGACUGCUUCAAAGACUUUGACUACGUCUCUGACCUCUGCUAAGAGUCAAGGUCAGACUCUCCCUUUAGACUGUGAGUGGAGCUGACGAGGGACUCUGCACUGCGAGAGGGAUGUUACCAGGAGAGGCUUACUGCUGUCCUGUCUGAACUGUGAAGAGGCAGAAUAAAGUUACGGGAGGAUGUGAAUGCGUGCUGCGGAGAUACAUUGUCAGUUUACUGACCUCUAAUGGAUUUCUGGAGGGCCUUUUAUAGGAUGAUACAUGAAGAUAAUCCGGAUGAUGUAACGCUCUGUGGAUGAGUGCUGGGGCACAGUGUCUGUGCAGCAUAGCAACACUGGAACUGAGUGAAGUUUAUUUCCCUAUAGAAAUUAAUGGAGCCCAAGAUGAAAAGGAUAUUCUCUGUAGAAGACAAUACAGUUGGUGCAGGGAUCAUCAGAUAUGAUUACUCUCAAAUUGACCUCUCUCUAUUGCCUCUCUGCCUGCUAUCGCUCCUCUCCCUUAAUCGUUUGAGGCUGCUUACUGUUUCUGUGUGUAAAUUCUGAUCCUGCCUCAGUCUGUUCCCAUUGCUGUCGUCUAGAGUCCUGCACCUCUCAUAAAUCACCACAGGGGGGAGCCAUAGAAAAGGUCAAAAGUGUUCCAGAGAAAUUGAGGAGAUGACCAAGUGGGGUGCAGAUUCUGUGUAUGACGAAUGUCAAGGGAUGCUAGUGAGGAUGAUGAGGUUGGAAGGAUGAGGGUUGAGUUGUUUUUCUGUGUUUGUGCUGGUUCCUCACCAUGUCAUGUUACCCCUCGUCUUCAAAUGGGAUACUCCUCUACUCUCCCCGCUCGGUACGAGUUUUAUCCUCAAUCCUUUAGAAUAAUUUUUCAAAUUGCUUUCUGUGAUUUUAGUUUAUUUUUGGUGUUUGAUUUGUCAAUCAUGCUAAUGUUAUGUCUGGAAUUGUGACUUAGUAAAAAUGUGAACCCAA